CUACAGGAGGAUGUGCCGGCCCUGCUAAAUUCAAGGCCCCAGACCGGCUUGUCUUUCUUGGCUCCUGAACCAGAAGAUCUGGAGGACCUUUACAGUAGAUAUAAGAAGUUGCAGCAGGAGCUGGAGUUUCUGGAGGUGCAGGAGGAGUACAUUAAAGAUGAACAGAAGAAUCUGAAAAAGGAGUUUCUUCAUGCCCAAGAGGAGGUGAAGAGGAUACAGAGCAUCCCUCUGGUUAUUGGGCAGUUCCUGGAAGCAGUCGACCAGAAUACUGCUAUUGUGGGCUCAACCACAGGCUCCAAUUACUAUGUUCGGAUUUUGAGCACAAUUGACAGAGAGCUGCUGAAGCCCAAUGCCUCUGUUGCUCUGCACAAGCACAGCAAUGCUCUGGUGGAUGUUCUGCCUCCAGAAGCUGACAGCAGCAUCAUGAUGCUCACUUCAGAUCAGAAGCCAGAUGUGAUGUACGCAGACAUCGGAGGAAUGGACAUCCAGAAACAGGAAGUGAGGGAGGCUGUGGAGCUCCCCCUCACACAUUUUGAGCUCUAUAAACAGAUUGGUAUUGACCCACCCAGAGGAGUGCUCAUGUAUGGCCCGCCUGGCUGUGGAAAGACUAUGUUGGCAAAAGCUGUGGCUCACCAUACCACAGCGGCCUUUAUUCGUGUGGUGGGAUCUGAGUUUGUGCAGAAGUAUCUCGGAGAGGGUCCACGCAUGGUGCGAGAUGUCUUUCGACUGGCCAAAGAGAACGCCCCGGCCAUUAUCUUUAUCGAUGAGAUUGAUGCGAUUGCUACCAAGCGAUUUGAUGCACAGACUGGAGCUGAUAGAGAAGUGCAAAGAAUCCUGCUUGAGCUGCUCAAUCAAAUGGAUGGGUUUGACCAGAAUGUGAACGUGAAGGUUAUCAUGGCCACCAACAGGGCUGACACACUGGAUCCAGCUCUGCUGCGCCCAGGUAGACUGGACCGUAAGAUUGAGUUUCCUCUUCCUGACCGGCGACAGAAACGGCUGGUGUUCUCCACCAUCACCAGCAAGAUGAACCUCUCAGAGGAAGUUGACCUGGAGGACUAUGUUGCCAGGCCUGACAAGAUCUCUGGUGCAGAUAUCAACUCCAUUUGCCAGGAGGCUGGUAUGCUGGCUGUGCGUGAAAACCGGUACAUUGUGCUGGCUAAGGACUUUGAGAAGGCUUACAAGACUGUUAUCAAGAAAGACGAGCAGGAACACGAGUUCUACAAGUAGAAUACACCUCGACUAGAUAUCGGCAUUAGAUUUUACCCUGUUUGUUUCAGCCUUUAUUUGUACGUACAGUGUAAUAUUGAGGACAUAAAACUUGAACCUUGAUUUAAAUCUUAAGGGUUUACACUGCUUGUACUGGGACUUUGAUUUCACAAGAUUGUUUCAGAUUCACAUAUAUAAAAUAUGGAUGGAAAAACAAACAUGUACAUCUGGUGAGCAUUUUAUGUAUUCUGUUUAAUGACUCCUCAAAGAACCAUUAAAAUGUUUUCCAUAACGACUCUAUAUAAAGAUGUUUUUGAUGAUAACCCUAA